UGGCUUUGGUGGCUUCCUUUAAUUCGCUCGGCAGUGUGUGUAGCCCCACUGUUCCUGCUCACUCCAGCUAUGAUUCAUAAAGUUCUUCUGUUAACAGUCUUGGCCUUAUGUCAUGGGUUCAACCUGGACACUGAAACUGUAAAGAUCUUUCAAGAGAAUGCAAGGGGCUUUGGGCACAGCGUGGUCCAGCUUGAGGGAUCCAGGAUGGUGGUUGGAGCCCCCCAGGAGAUAAAGGCUGUCAACCAAACAGGUGGCCUCUACCAGUGUGACUACAGCAUGGCCGCGUGUGAACCCAUCCACCUGCAGGUUCCCCCAGAGGCUGUGAACAUGUCCCUGGGCUUCUCUUUGGCAUUUGCCACCAAACCUUUCCGGCUGCUGGCCUGUGGCCCCACUGUGCACCAAACUUGUAAGGAAAACACCUAUGUGAAUGGCUUCUGCUUCCUGUUUGGGUCCAACCUACUGCAGCAGCCCCAAAAAUUCCCAGAGGUCCUCAGAGAGUGCCCUCAGCAAGAGAGUGACAUCGCCUUCUUGAUUGAUGGCUCUGGUAGCAUCAUCCCGAAUGACUUUCAGCGGAUGAAGGAGUUUGUCUCAACUGUGAUGAGUCAAUUUAAAAAGUCUAAAACCUUGUUCUCUUUGAUGCAGUACUCUGAAGAAUUCCAGACUCAUUUCACCUUCAGUGAUUUCAAGAAAAACCCUAACCCAGGAUCGCUGGUGAGGCCAAUAAAACAGCUGCUUGGAAGGACACAUACUGCCACAGGAAUCCUCAAAGUAAUAAGAGAACUGUUUCACAGCAGCAGUGGAGCCCGGGAGAAUGCCCUUAAGAUCCUAGUUGUCAUCACAGAUGGAGAAAAGUUUGGCGAUCCCUUAGAGUAUGAGGAUGUCAUCCCUGAAGCAGAGAAAGCGGGGGUCAUUCGCUAUGUCAUUGGGGUGGGAGAUGCCUUUAACAGUUUGAGAUCCCGCCAAGAGCUUAAUAUCAUUGCAUCCAAGCCAGUUCGUGAUCAUGUGUUUCGGGUGAAUAACUUUGAAGCUCUGAAGACCAUUCAGAAUCAGCUUCAGGAAAAGAUCUUUGCAAUUGAGGGUACUCAUACAGGAAGUACCAGCUCCUUUGAGUAUGAGAUGUCUCAGGAAGGCUUCAGUGCUGCCAUCACCUCUAAUGGCCUCUUGCUGGGUGCUGUGGGGAGCUUUGACUGGUCUGGUGGUGCCUUUCUACAUAAGUCAAAGAAUAAAUUCACCUUCAUCAACAGGGUAGCCUCAGACAUGAGUGAUGCUUACUUGGGUUAUGCUGCUGAAGUCAUCUUGCGGAGCCGGGUGCAAAGCCUGGUUCUGGGAGCGCCUCGAUAUCAGCACACUGGCCUGGUGGUGAUGUUCAGAGAGAAUGCUGGUGCCUGGGAGACCAACACAGUUAUCAAGGGCAGCCAGAUUGGCUCCUACUUCGGGGCCUCCCUCUGUUCCGUGGACAUGGACAAAGAUGGCAGUUCUGACCUGGUCCUAAUUGGGGCUCCCCAUUACUAUGAGCCGACCCGGGGAGGCCAGGUGUCUGUGUGCCCCUUGCCUCGUGGGAGGGCUAGGUGGCAGUGUGAGGCUGUUCUCCAUGGGGUGCAGGGCCAGCCCUGGGGCCGCUUUGGGGCAGCCCUGACAGUGCUGGGGGAUGUGAAUGGGGACAAGCUGACGGACGUGGCCAUCGGGGCCCCAGGAGAGCAGGAGAACAGGGGUGCUGUCUACAUAUUUCAUGGAACUGCAGAAGUGGGCAUCAACACCUCCCACAGCCAGAGGAUUUCAGGCUCUCAGCUAUCCCCCAGUCUCCAGUAUUUUGGUCAGUCACUGAGUGGGGGCCAGGACCUCACAAUGGAUGGACUGGUGGACCUGGCUGUAGGGGCCCAGGGACAUGCACUGCUGCUCAGGUCCCAGCCUGUGCUAAAAGUUGAAGUGACCAUGGAGUUCACACCCAGGGAAGUGGCAAGGAAUGUGUUUGAGUGUCGUGAGCAAGUGGUGAGAGGCCAGAAUGUUGGAGAGGUCAACAUCUGCUUUCGUGUUCGCAAGAACACACGGGACCGGCUGAGGGAAGGAGAAAUCCAGAGCAUUAUCACCUAUGACCUGGCUCUGGACCCAAGUUUCCUACAUCCCCGGGUCUUCUUUGAUGAGACAAAGAACAGCACAAGCAGACAGACACAGACCUUGGGGCUGAGUCAGAAGUGUGAGAUCCUGAAGCUACGGUUAUUGUAUUGUGUAGAGGACUCAGUGACUCCCAUUGUCCUGCUUCUCAACUUCUCUCUGGUGGGGAAGCCCUUGGCCUCUUAUGGGAACCUCCGGCCAGUGCUGGCUGUGGAUGCUCAGAGACUCUUCACAGCCUCGUUUCCCUUUGAACAGAAUUGUGGUAGUGAUGGCAUUUGCCAGGAUGACCUCAGCAUCACUUUCAGUCUUAUGAGCCUGGACACCCUGGUGGUGGGUGGUCCCCGGGACUUCAACGUGACACUGACAGUGAGAAAUGAGGGUGAGGACUCCUACUGGACUCACGUCAACUUCUUCCACCCACCUGACAUGUCCUAUCGAAGGGUAUCAGAGGCCCAGAACCAACGCACAGGGCGAUUCUGGCGCCUGACCUGUGAGUCUGGCAUCCCCACCAAUGGGUCUGGGGACUUGAAGAUCAGCAGCUGCAGCAUAAACCACCCUAUCUUCCCAAACAACUCAGAGGUCACCUUUAAUAUCACAUUUGAUGUGGGCUCUGAUGCUUCCCUUGGGAACAGACUGCUCCUCAAGGCCAGUGUGACCAGUGAGAACAACAUGCCCAGGACCAACAAAACUGAGUUCCAGCUGGAGCUGCCUGUGAAAUAUGCUAUCUACUUGGUGGUCACCAGCCAAGAGGUCUCCACCAAAUAUCUCAACUUCACAGCCUCAGAGAAGACCAGCCACAUUAUAGAGCAUCAGUAUCAGUUCAACAACUUGGGGCAGAGGAGCCUUCCUGUCACUGUGGUCUUCUGGGUCCCCAUCCAGCUGAACCAGGUUGCUGUGUGGGACAACCUGGAGGUCACUUCCUCCAAGAACCUCUCCAGUAUGUGCCACUCUGAGAAGAGGGAUCCCCCCAAACCUAACUUCCUGGAGGAGCUUAAGAAGACCCCAGUGUUGAACUGCUCUGUUGCUGUAUGCCAGAGAAUCAAGUGUGACAUCUCAUUCUUUAACAUCCUGGAAAAAGUCUCUGUCACUCUCAAAGGCAAUCUCUCAUUUGACUGGUAUAUUAAGACUUUGCCUAACCACCUUCAGGUUGUGAGCGUGGCGGAGAUCUUGUUUGAUGAGUCAAAGUUUGCCCUGCUGCCAGAACAGGGGGCAUUUCUGAGGGCCCAGACAGAGACCAGAGUGGAGCUGCUGGAAGUGCAUGACCCUGUACCGCUUAUAGUGGGCAGCUCAGUCGGGGGGCUGGUGCUCCUGGCUCUUAUUGCCGCCGGACUGUACAAGCUCGGCUUCUUCAAACGGCAGUACAAGGACAUGAUGAGUGAAGCUGGUCCUGAAGCUGCCUCACCCCAUUAGUGGCUCCUUCCUUGCUGGGUGGCCUCUCCUGCCUCAAGCAGGACUUUGGUUAGACCAGCAUGCAAGUCUCCAGACUGCUGGAUGGAUGUGUCUCUUAGGAGACUGGAGUGGUGAUGUUUCACUCAGGAAGACCUGCGUUGGUUUCCAUUCACAUGUGUGUGCGCAGCAUGUUCAUGACUGUGUGAGUUGUAUAUGUGAAGCAGAUGUCUCUUGCAUGGGGACAGGUGCCUUCAGCACAACUUCUCAGGCAGAAGAGAACUUCUUGGGCUGGGACAGAGGUGAUGGCAGCUCUUAUGGGUGAACGUAAAGGGAAAUGGAACAGAUCCUCCCACUGCUGAAGGAAGUGAGGCCUCCUUGUGUGGAUGAGCAUGCAGACCUGUGGGAGCCUGUGCAGUCGGGCCAGGAGCACAGAGAGGAGAUGUGCUGAAACCAAUAUCUGGUCAGCCUGUUCAACCCAUUCCACGCUAGAGCUACAAAGAUCUGAUGAGCAAUGGCAUAUAUCCCUUUAUCUAUUCAUUUACUUACUACUUUGUUACUUUUAUUUUUUUGAAUGGGUAAACCUGUCCGUAGUCCAAAAAUCUGAAGAUGUGCAAGGAAGGAUAAGUGGUGAAAAGUCUUCUUUCCCUCUUGGUCCCCUCAGCCAUUCAAGUCCCACUUAAAGGGCAGUCAAGGCUAUGUUUGUAGGUCUCCUUCACAAAAAUACAGGCCUGUGCACACACACAUAAACACAAGCUUUUUAACACAAAGGCUAACUAGCAUGUUAUUUAUACUGUUCUACAUCUUGCUUUUUUAAAAAUAGUAUUGCUCAGAUUAUUUCAUAUCAAGACAUAAAGUACUUUUCAUUCUUUUAUACAACUCCAUACUGUUCUGUCAUGUGGAUGGAUCAUAAUGUAUUUAAUCUCUCUUCUUUUGAUAUAUUAUUUUCAACCAUUCACAAACAAUGGUGAAUUAAUAAAUUG